GACGUAGAAAUUUUUUGCUCGGUACAGGAUUUGGUUCGUGGUCCUCCAAUUUUGUCGAGUUUGAUUUCGUUGGAGUUACAAAAUUUCAAAACAAACAUGAUGAAGGUCAUCGAGAAUCUCACUAGUGCCCCACUUUCUCCACCAAAUUUGGCUCUUGUGGUCACCAUACAAAACAUUGAGUCUCAUGAAGAGGAAUUAAAGGAUGACUCAAGCGUCGAAUCACAUGUUGGGGAUGUUAUGGACAGUAGGCCUAAACUCAUGAAUGAAGAUGACGAAAGGUCCAACGCCGUUGAAAAUAAUGAAGGUGAUAUUUCAAAAGAUAUUGUUAAUGUGGACACCAUAGAUUUUCCAUCACGUGAAUGUUAUGAUCCGGUCAAUGCCUCAACUUAUGUAGUCGUUGCAGAGCUUGCCCUUCUAGAAGGUGCCAACAAGGUGGCAGAUGCAGAUAAUAAGCAUGCGGACAACCCCUUUUUAUUUGACACCAUUAAGUUGUUUGACAAUGUUGAUGCGGUCAAGACAAAGCACCUAGUUUCACCAAGAGAACCUACACUGGGUAUUGGCUCUAUCUCACAUGUUCCUCAGAUAAAAUAUCACCACGAAAGCUGGGUCUGGAGGAUCAACCAAGGUGUCAAGGGUACCUCGCAGGCCCAUGAAGCAGAGGGGCAUGGGGUAUCCUCCCCAAGCAACACUGUAGAGGCUAAGGGCCAUCAUCACUCAGACAUGGAAUUUGAAGAGUUCGAGAUCCCCACUAGUGAGAAUGUUGGCAAGGCCGGUCGCUCUCAGGCCGCUACUUCCUCGAAGACUAUCCUGGUCCAGCAGAAUAUCGUGGAAAUUCUUGUUGAGGAGGAGCUUUGGGAUACCCGGUCAAAGGGAAAAAGUCCCUCCCCCAAUGCCAAGGAAAAGACCCGGAAGCAGGUGAAAAAGGUUGCUACAAUCCACCCCUCUAUCAUUGCCAAGAGGCAGAGGGUAGAUUCUGAGACGAUUAACCCGUAAGGCCCCAAAAAUAGGCCUAUCAAAAUUAAUUAAUUGAUAAUUAAUUAGUUACUGAGAAAGACCCAACAAUAAGUGAUUUAUAAAGUUUGACAAUAUAUAAUAAAAUUUAUAUCGCUGUGUAGAGUUUGGUAGUCUGACUGCAACGGUGCAAACGGAAUUCAAUUCGAAGAAAGUUGAACCAAAAAGUGUACCUUAACUGGGACUGAAAUUAGUCCCAAUCAAGGACUAGCAUUUUG